AUGGUUCGAUUUUGCACCGAAAAGUACCGGAAGCCGACGCCGUCUAAUUUUGACAAUUUGUACGCUCACCUUACUAAUUACUCGCUAAACAAAGCCAACUUUUCCUACAUUCACAGUCUUUCAUUAAUGGAUCAGGCCAGUGUUUUUUGGACCAAAUGGCUAAAUGUGGUCUUACGAACAAAGAAAUUAUGGCAUGAAAUUAAAAUCAUCAUCAUCAAAACGGUGCUCGCCAUGUUACCCGAGCUAAUGAUCAACUAUGAAUACGAGUUCAAUGGAAUUGUUGGACCCCAAUGUUUCCAG